GGUCCUAAUUCGAUUGGGAGCUCUUACGCUCUCACCAAGAUCUUCUAAGUCAUCAUAUGGUUACAAACUUACAAUGUGAAACAAGAAAGAGAGCGAACCCUUUUAUAGAUGGAGCGGGUUUAGCCCGAGACCCGCACCAUCUCUUUCAAUUGAGGAGCACACGUUUCAGUGGCAAUGAAUCUCCUUAUCCCCAAAACGGGUUGAAAAGAGAAGCGUCCCCACGUAUAUUCUUCCUUCAAGUUUUUUCUGUUAAUUUCCGUCAAAGACUCAGGAGAGUCAUCAAAUCUUCUUGUUCCCUUCUGAAUCUCCUUAUCCUUCAAAGUUUGCUGCCAGAGCAGUGAAGGACCCAGAAUGCCCACCUUAAAUCUGUUCACCAAUGUUCCUGUGGAUGGUGUAGUGGCUUCAGACAUCCUCAAAGAUGCAACCAAAGCUGUUGCAAAGAUCAUUGGCAAGCCUGAAUCUUAUGUGAUGAUUCUGCUGAAUGGUGGAGUGCCUGUUGCAUUUGCUGGCACUGAAGAGCCAGCAGCAUAUGGAGAAUUGAUAUCCAUUGGGGGGCUCAGUCCAAGUGUUAAUGGAAAACUGAGUGCAACCAUUGCAGAAAUUCUUGAAACUAAGCUCUCUGUAGAUAGCUCCCGGUUCUAUAUCAAGUUCUACGAUGUUCAACGACCAUAUGUCGGUUUCAAUGGCUCGACGUUUUGAGUUUACAUUAACAUGUAUGAUGGAUCAACCGUUCUAAGCUGCUGAAGAAUGUGCCAAAGCUAGCUAGCUACUGGUCUCCAGUCAUCCUCGCUUUGAGGAAUUGUGUCUUUCAAACAAGAGAACAGUCGAGAUGAUGCCUCCCUCUGAUGUUUAGAUAAUAAUAAUAAUAAAAAAAAAAAAAAAAAAAAAAAAAAAACCAGAUUUGUUACAUUUGAAAUGUCUAAAAUUAUUUAUAUUAUAGAAUUUAUCUUGUUUACUCAA